AAUGUAUAUAAAUAUUAAUACAUUCUUUAACAUGUAUGUAAAUUAAGCUUAUACAUAUAUAAUACAUAUGUAAGUACAUGUUUACAUAACAAGAUAAUAAGGUUUAAAUUAAUCACUGUUUGAGAAAGUAGAGUAUAAGUUUACAUACAUACAGAUAAAAGUGUAUAUUAACAACAUUUUGACUACAUGUGAACACUGACUUAAUCUUAGUGUUAUUUGGUUGGGUAGCCACUGAAGCUAGAACUAGAAGUGUUUACUUUUUUAAAUAAUUGCAUUGAGUUUCUAAAGUUCUACUAUAUUAUAUUAAUUGUACGUGCACAUUUUUAUUCCGUUAGAUCAAAAGUAUAUAAUGUAAAAAAAAAAACAACAAAAUGUAAUAAAAUGUAAUAAAAAUUUGAAUCUAUUGAAAUAAGUAAAAAAUAUAAAAUAAAUAGCGAUAACGACAAUUAAAACUGGUUUAUCUUUGGUUUGGUGCAUGGACAAAGUAUUUGUACUAUCAAUUAAUGUAUAAAUAAAGAAACAACAAAAUGCCAGAAGAAGAAUCACAUACCCAAUUGAUUGCGAAGUAUGAUCCCAACAUUCUUCCAGACAUGCUGCCUGUUUACUACAAAAGAUUAUUUCCGCAUAAACCAUUUUAUCGUUGGUUAUCGUAUGGGCUUUCCGAAAGCAAUAUUUUUGCAAACCGUGAAUUCUCAUACACCCUGCACGACGAUAUAUAUAUUCGCUAUCGCUGUUAUGAUACACAAAGUGAAUUGGAAAACGACAUCUGCUCAACGUGUCCACACAAAAUCGACAUUGGCGCAGUUAUGAAUACUAAACCGAAAAACUUUCGUAUCACAUCAACGGCAAUGCAGCCCGUACAACGUGAGCUGGUUUUCGAUAUUGACAUGGACGAUUAUAACGAUGUGCGCACCUGUUGCACUGGCGCAACGGUAUGUUUGAAAUGCUGGAAAUUCAUGGCUUUAGCAGCCCGACUGCUUGAUGCUGCGCUACGUGAAGAUUUCGGUUUCGAGCAUAUAUUAUGGGUGUUUUCAGGUCGUCGUGGUGUGCACGGCUGGGUGUGUGAUUAUGACGCCCGUCACUUGGAUUCGAGAGGACGCUCGGCACUUGCCGAGUAUUUACAAAUUACUACUAAUGUAACUAUCAACGGUGUGGUUAUAGCGCGUGUUCAAAUUGGGGAGCGUAUGCAUCACAGUAUUCGACGUGCGCUUAAAUUUAUCGAACCACUAUUCGAUGAGAUUGUAUUGGAGGAUCAGAAUUUAUUUGGAGACGUUAAAGGGGUUAAUAAACUAUUAAACAUGAUUCCGGACGAUACAGCUCGCAAAGAUGUUGAAGCGUAUUUAAAGAAAACGCAUGAUGAUGGUGCACAUUCCCGCACCGUAUGGGCUUCUUUUGUACGCUAUACAAACUCUAUGCGAACCGGCGCUGCCAACGUUUGGACACGCAAACUAAAAAAUAUCGUUGAGGAGAUACAGUUGGGUAUACUUUACCCUCGUUUAGACAUCAAUGUCACUAAAGGUAUGAAUCAUUUACUCAAAUCGCCUUUUUGUAUACACCCAGGAACCGGGAAGGUAUGUGUUCCAUUCAAUUGUAAUGCAGCUGCAAAGUUCGACCCCACCACAGUACCCAAUAUAUUACAGUUAUUGCAAGAGAUUAACGCCUUUGACGACAAGUCAAAAGGUCAAGAGAAUGGCCCAGAAGACAAAAGUCGCAUUAAAGAUUACAAAAAGACUGGUAUGUUCAAAGGUGUUGUAGUAUUCGAAGAGUUCUUGCGAAAACUGGAGAAUAGUUUAAAAGCUAAAGCAAUAGAUGUUAGUGACCAAACAAUGGAAUUUUAGUUUAUCAUGACUUGUAGGUUUAUUAGCUCAUAACAUAAACUUUAAAAUAAAUAUUUAUAUCGUUAUUAAAUACA